AUGGGGUUCUUUCAUUGGCCUCGCCGCAAGCGAAGCCGCUCACCUGCAAAGCGGAAGGAAUCUGUAUUCAAUCCUGGAUGGCGCACACUUGCCCAUCCCCGGAGCGUUCCCGGCGACUCCCCCGAAUCACCGACCCUUGAACCAGCCGACGCGAUCAUCGAGGAUGAAUAUGGUCUACCGAAGGGUUGGGAGUCUAUGGACCUAGACGCUUGCGCAACACCGGCACUACCUACGGAACUAGGCGAACAUCUUCAUCCUCGAAGACUUCCGUAUCUCCCUCCCACUCCGAGCCCCAAACGCGCUGCCUCGCCACGUCCUCCGAAAAUCGCAAAGCCCGCCCAAGAUGAACUCAUGGACGUCGAUGAUCCGUGGGCCCAGCAAGCUAGGAAAGAUGCGCGGCUCCCGCAUGGCCCUGUUUCCGCUGUACAGUUAUUUUAUGCCGCCAAGAGGCCCAUUCCUGCCAAUCGCAUGGCAUCAUGGUACGAGGCAGAAUUCCAGAAGCGCGAAAAGGAACGACUAGCCCGGGAGCGGGAUCUCCGACGUCCCAGCAGAGUCGUACCGAGGGGCCAACCUGUACGUCUACUCACACCGGAGUGGGCCGUCAAGCUUCAGCGUGCCAUGCAGGCUGGACAAGGGAAUGCUGUCGCAAGAUCUUUGGCUGGAGAUGAUUUGUACCAGCGGGAUAUUGUCACAUGUAUUCGACCGAUGGCCUGGCUCAAUGACGAAAUUAUCAAUGCCUACUUAGGUCUAGUCGUCCAUUAUCUCCGUCAAUUGAACGGGAAUCUCAAUGAUCGGCCGACCUUCCACGCCUUCAACACAUUCUUCUACUCCACCCUUCGUGACAAGGGCUAUCAGGGUGUCCGGCGCUGGGCAAACAGGGCGAAAAUUGGCGGCGAAAGUCUACUCAAUGUGGACACGGUCUUCAUUCCCGUCCACGAGUCAAGCCAUUGGACUCUUUUGGUUGUCCGGCCGAUGGAACGUACAAUCGAAUAUUUCGACUCCUUAGGGUCUCGCGGCGCUCGCCAAGUGAGAAAUGUCAAGGAAUGGCUCCGUGGAGAGCUUGGCUCACAAUAUAAGGACGAGGAGUGGGUUCAUCUGCCCUCAGUCUCCUCGCAGCAAGACAACGGAAGCGAUUGCGGUGUCUUCCUCUUAACAAACGCCAAAGCAAUCGCGGUUGGAGUCGAGCCUACCUCCAUUGGACCGGUUCACAUCACACUUCUCCGACAAAAGAUCGUGGCCGAGCUCAUUAAUGGCGGUCUCCACGGCGAGUUCAGUCCACAGGACAUGAAAACUGGUGCCGUGUUGCUUUGA